CCAGGAAACUCCACCACAUCCACAGUGACCCACAUGGAACGCAUCCUGGGGCGGGCUUCGUGAAUCACCGGACUCUGUCGGCUCUUUCCGGAGAACUCGGGUCAGUUAGCUAUAGCCGAAGCUGAUUAGCCUGCUACUGCAAAGCUAAUGUUUGUGGGAUAUUUACCGUUAGCAGCUGAACCGGAGUGGAUGAUACAAAGAGUAUAGUGAAAUAUGGCGGACGUCGAGGGAGAAGGAAUAUGUUCAUCAAUCCCUCCGUUGCCUCACCCUUCGUCUCGUAACGGCUCCGGUAGCGGUGGCGGUAGCGGUAACGUUACACCGGGCACCGGCGGCGGCGGCGGCGGCGGCGGCGGUUGCCAGACAGCAGCAACAACCACCACCACCGUUACUUCAGGCCCACGGCUAGUCCGGAUAGUGAAGUCUGACUCGGGCUACGGCUUCAAUGUACGGGGACAAGUUAGUGAAGGAGGGCAACUACGGAGCAUUAACGGGGAGCUGUAUGCUCCACUGCAGCAUGUCAGUGCUGUUUUACCGGGAGGAGCCGCCGACAGAGCCGGUAUCUCCAAGGGGGACAGGAUCCUGGAGGUUAACAGUGUGAAUGUAGAGGGAGCAACCCACAAGCAGGUGGUGGACCUGAUCCGGGCUGGAGAGAGGGAGCUGGUUCUGGCCGUGCUGGCCGUCCCGCCUCAGGAGGCCGACUGCCUGGAUCCCGGAGACGACGUGUCAGCCCAGUCCUGCUAUGACUACUCCGACAAGCAGGCCGUCCCCAUCUCUGUGCCGAGCUACAAACACACUGAGCUCAACCAGGAAAAGUUUGUGGUAUAUAAUGUGUACAUGGCGGGCAGGCAGCUGUGCUCCAAGCGUUACCGCGAGUUUGUGAUCCUACACCAAAACCUGAAGAGGGAGUUUGCCAACUUUACGUUCCCCAAGCUGCCUGGGAAAUGGCCAUUUUCUCUGUCGGAACAGCAGCUGGACGCACGACGCAGAGGCCUGGAAGAAUACCUGGAGAAAGUGUGCUCUGUACGGGUAAUUGGAGAAAGUGACAUCAUGCAGGAGUUCCUGUCUGAAUCAGAUGAGAACUAUAAUGGCGUGUCGGAUGUGGAGUUGAGAAUAGCCAUGCCCGACAAAACCACGCUCACCGUCAGAGUUCGCAAAAACUCUACUACAGACCAGGUCUACCAGGCUGUGGUUAUGAAACUAGGGAUGGACAGCGUAACAGCCAGUUACUUUGCUCUGUUUGAGGUCAUCAACCACACCUUCGUGCGUAAGCUUGCCCCCAACGAGUUCCCCCACAAACUGUAUGUACAGAACUAUACCUCAGCCAUCCCAGGAACCUGCCUCACCCUGCGAAAGUGGCUCUUCACUACAGAAGAGGAGAUUCUGCUCAAUGACAACCAGCUUGCUGUCAACUACUUCUUUCACCAGGCUGUGGAUGACGUAAAGAAAGGCUUCAUCAAAGCCGAACAGAAGUCCUACCAGCUGCAGAAGCUGGCAGAGCAGAAGAAGAUGUCCAUGUAUCUGAGUUUGUUGAGGGGUUGCGAGGGCUACAAUGAGAUCAUAUUCCCACACUGUUCCUGCGACUCCCGACGUAAAGGCCACGUCAUCACAGCCAUCAGCAUUCACCACUUCAAGCUGCACGCCUGCACUGAGGAAGGGACACUCGAGAACCAGGUGAUUGCGUUUGACUGGGGGGAAAUGCAGAGGUGGGACACGGACGAAGAGGGAAUGGCCUUCUGCUUUGAAUAUGCACGAGGAGAGAAGAAACCACGCUGGGUCAAGAUAUUUACACCCUAUUUUAACUACAUGCAUGAGUGCUUUGAGAGAGUCUUCUGUGAGCUGAAGUGGAGGAAGGAGGUGGAAGAGGAGGCUACAGACAAGGACAAUAAGAACUGCAGUAAAGAUGGUAUGUGUGGCAAGAAUAUUUUCCAGCUGCUGAGGCACAGAAGGGAUGGAGGCACCUAGGAAGGGAGAUUGUUACCUCUUAACUAGACACCGUCGUCACCGACUCGGCUCAGUUCGGCCCUCAUCUAGCCCCAGACCCAGCAGCUAUUAACUACAUGGUCAUCAUUUACACUCCAUCAGCUACAACCUGAGAAGCUACCCCCAACACAUGCAAACCAACAAGCACCUGCAAACGAACAAAUCGAAGCAUUAAAAGCUACAGACACAUGAACCAGAACUCUUGAAUCCAGCGCACCAUAAUCAUGCAUUAAGCAGAGCUCUGUCAAAAAGAAACGAGGCCUCUAUAGACUUACAGUCAUGGAUUCAUGCAAGCCUUCUUCUUAUUGGCAGGGACUGGAAGUGGAAUGGGACUUGUACAUGAGGUGGUUUUGAGCCUCCUCUGAAGGAGUCCUACCGGGAAGAGGAAGCUGAAGUGAGUAAGGAAAUAUUGUCGGACUAACAAGGGAAAGUGGAAGCUGUUAGUGCUCGCAAAGGGGAACACAGAUCAGCGAUACUGAGCGUUGACCACAGGAAGACACUUAGUUUCUCCAUUUACGGAUCAGAGCAGCAGUGUCUUUUUUGUCUUUGGCCAGUUGUUAACGUGUUAACACAGGGGGCCCAAAAAGGCCUGGGGCCAACCAGAGCGAGGCCCUCAGAAUGUAAGUCACAGCUGAAUGACGUCACAUACAUAGAUUUUCAUCUGUUUGCUGAUCAAUUUGCAUUUAUAAAAGAAAACUAUUAACAUUGUAAUGUGGCAAAUGAGAAGCGGGAGAGAGAAAGCGGACAUUUUUGACUCUUUUUUUUUUCAUUCAGAGACACAGCUGUGAUGAUUUGACACAUGAGCAGGAACAAUGUUAAACUUUAGACUAAUGUUGCACUUUAUCCAACAGUAUUAACAACCUCCAAGUGUGGGAAAUGUAACCUAAGAAGCAGAUAGUGGGCAUAAUACUGGAACUACUAGUUAGUUUACAUUCACGAUUGACUGACUGACUACAGUAUGAUUGUGUACUGCAUCACCAAAUGGUAUGUGCAGUGUGCAGAGUGAUGCAUUACACUUUUAUGUAUUUAUAGUAUUACGUGAACACUCCAUGCAGCAGUGAAGGUGUAGAGCACUGAUCAGACAGUGGAGUACAGUAUGUUUAGUGUGCAUUACCCUUAAGAGACAGCAGGGGUCCUUCUCCUCCUUUCUACUCCCCUACAGGCUCUGAUUACUUUGUUCCUGAGAGCUCCCACAGGAUUUAUAAUAGGCCUGCAAUUCAGAAGGCCUUUCCACUUGCAGCACUAUUUAUCUCUGUAGCUGGUACAUUCGCCGUACUGUUGAACCACUUAUGCACUACAGAGUCGGGUUAAGUGGGAAGAGGAUUUCUUAGCAAAAAAACGGCAACUUGCACACUUCAUCAACAUGAUAGAUAUGGAAAUGAACUGUGCACAUUCACUAAAGGCUUUGUAGCAACUGAACUGCAGUGUAAUGUAAUAAACAGUGUAAUUCAAUGUCCCUC